CUUCUUUUCUUCUUCUACGACCUUCUCCUUCGUUUUCUUAAUUCUUCUAGUCUUGUAUUUACAUAUAAGGCCGCCAUCAGCCGGCCCACUCAUUAGCAUCUUUUAUAUCCUCGAGCCAGGCGGGGGCAUCAUGGCAAAGUAGAUCCAUCCGCCUCGCCUUCAAACAGGUGUCAGUCGGACGCAGCUCCAGCGGAACUUUUAACUUUUUUUAUUUUCAUUUUUUCCCUUCUUCUUUUAUUUUUUUAAUGUUCUCCAACAUGGUCUCCAAGCUGACGUCCCUGCAGCAGGAGCUCCUGAGCGCACUGCUGGACUCCGGACUCACCAGGGAAGUUCUGAUCCAGGCACUGGACGACAUGGACCCCAACUCGGCCAUCGGCUUCGGGGUGAAGCUGGAGCGGCUUCAACCGCCGCCGUCACCCCGAGCUCACAAAAACAGCCAUCAUCAUCACAACCGCAACGACGGCCACAACGCGGGCGGAGAGUGCGACGCCAAGCCGGUCUUCCACACGCUGAGCAACGGGCACGGGAAGACGGCCGCCAAGCUGUCCGGCGACGAGGGCUCGGAGGACGGGGACGACUUUGACACGCCGCCCAUCCUCAAGGAGCUCCAGUCACUCAACACGGAGGAGGCCGCCGAGCAGCGUGCCGAAGUUGAACGCAUGCUAGCGGAGGAUCCGUGGCGAGCGGCCCGGAUGAUCAAAGGUUACAUGCAGCAGCACAACAUCCCGCAGCGGGAGGUGGUGGACAUCACCGGCCUCAACCAGUCGCACCUGUCGCAGCACCUCAACAAGGGCACCCCGAUGAAAACCCAGAAGCGAGCCGCCCUGUACACGUGGUACGUGCGCAAGCAACGGGAGAUCCUCAGACAGUUCAACCAGGCGGCGCAAGGUUCUGGCAGCAAUAUGACAGACAAGGGCAAUCAGGAUCCGGCCUUUUUUUUCCCAGAGUUCAACUCGUCUAGUCAAGGCAUGGGUCAGACCGGCGACGAUGUCGGCGGCGAGCCGUCCUCCAAGAAAAUGAGACGGAAUCGAUUCAAAUGGGGGCCAGCCUCGCAGCAGAUCCUCUACCAGGCCUACGAGAGGCAGAAGAACCCUAGCAAGGAGGAGAGAGAAUCGCUAGUGGAGGAGUGCAACAGAGCCGAGUGCCUUCAGAGGGGUGUGUCGCCGUCUAAAGCUCAGGGCCUGGGCUCCAACCUGGUGACGGAGGUGCGUGUGUACAACUGGUUCGCCAACCGACGGAAGGAGGAAGCGUUCCGACAGAAACUGGCCAUGGAUGCCUACAGCACGCCCGCAACGCAUAGCAUCAACCCGCUGCUCUCCCACGGCUCACCGCACCACCCGCAGGGAAGCACUUCACCACCAAUGCGAUACAGUCAAGGCCCGGGCGAGGUGACGUCGUCCACCGGCAUAAGCCACCACAGCGGCAUGACCGGCGGCCAGUCGGUUCUUCAGCAGGUGUCUCCGGGGGGCCUGGACCCCAGUCAUAGCCUGCUGUCACCCGACGCCAAAAUGAUUUCAGGUUCGGGAGGCGGCCUUCCUCCAGUCAGCACGCUGACCAACAUCCACAGUUCACAUCACAGCCACCAGCAGACGCAAAACCUCAUCAUGCCGCUUUCUGGGGUCAUGGCCAUCGCACAAAGUUUGAACACGUCGCAAUCUCAGUCAGUGCCGGUGAUCAACAGUGUGGCGGGCAGCCUAGCGGCGCUGCAGCCAGUCCAGUUCUCGCAGCAGCUUCACAGUCCUCACCAGCAGAGUCUGGUGCAACAGUCGCCUGCUCACAUGAGCCAGCAGCCCUUCAUGGCUGCCGUUACACACUCGCACAUUUAUCCUCACAAGCAGGAGCCUCCGCAAUACUCGCAUCCGUCGCGUUUCCCGUCGGCCAUGGUGGUGACGGACGCCAACGGAAUCGGGACGCUCGGUUCCAUGUCGGCCAGCAAGACGGAGGCUCCGGUAAACAAGAUGGUGCCGCUCGGGGGUCUCUCCUGGUGUCCUCUCCAAGCGUGGUGAGAGCGUGUACACCUGACCUCCUCGCUGCCCGGCAACCCCCAUGCAUUUUUUCCCUCUUUUUUUUUCCACACUGCCUGCUUGCCCAUCACCGUGGCGACGGACACCGAGUCGGCUGGGGGAAGCAAACACGAUGACCCGUGUCGG